AAAAAAGGUUUGCUUAUUUAUUUGAUUUGUCAUUGCCCAAAAGUAAAAGUUUUGUCAUCGCUUCGAUAAGUCAUCCCAAAUUUAAAUUAAGUUGGAUUCCUGUUCGAUACAUUGAUUCGUGUAAACAACUUUUUUUGACUGAGUGCAAUGAAAUGUAUACUAAUAUCAGUGAUAUCCAAAAAAAAACUGCCGUAGCUAGUGGUGAUGAUGACAGUGAUAAUAGUGAUCAGGAAUAUUACUCAUGUUUGCACGAACACACCAAUAAUGGAUCCUCUGCUAAUGAUUCAAGAAUUACAAACUUUUCUUGUGUACAGGCUUUGACAUUCUUAAAUUCUCCAAAAAAAGAAAUUAGUGUAUUAGAAGAUUAUCCCAUAGUUAAACAAGUGUUCUUAAAAUACAACACAACUAUUCCGUCUUCAGCUCCAGUCGAACGACUUUUUAGUGAAGCAAUCCAAGUAUUAACACACAGGAGAAACCGUCUAGGAGAUAAGACAUUUGAGAUGUUACUAUGUUGUAAGUCAAAAAAUUAAGCCUGUAUCAUUAUAAUUUAUUUGUUCAACAAUUAAAAUAUUGUUAUUAUUUAUAUUUACAAGUCUGUAUGUUAUUUUAAUUAUUUAUGUUGUAUUAUAUAAGUAAUAUUUUCAAAAGGAUCAAAAGAUUUGCUCAAUUUUUUUUAUACUUAUUUUAAUGUCUUUUAAUAUUGAUAUUUUAGUUUUUGGUUUGAAUAUUAUAUAAAA